UGUUAAGUAACGAGAGGGGGAGACAGGCGGGAGUGGAGAACAGCCGCUCGUGCUGCUGCUGCUGGAGCUUCAGAGGGACUAUCAACAGGGAGCACAACCGACGACAGAUCGCCGAGCUGAGGGAAUGAAAGCCGCCACAAUCCGCCCCCAUCCUCCUCUGCCCGGGCUUCUGACCGACUGACAACCAUCGGAUCAGAACCUCCACCGAACCAGCUACCGGACCAGCCCAGUAUCGGUGACGACACGUGACCAUGGAGCUAAGAGUGGGGAACAAAUACCGUCUGGGGCGAAAGAUAGGGAGUGGAAGCUUUGGUGAUAUCUACCUCGGUGCCAACAUUGCCACAGGAGAGGAGGUAGCCAUCAAGCUAGAAUGUGUGAAAACCAAGCACCCACAGCUGCACAUUGAAAGCAAGUUCUACAAGAUGAUGCAAGGAGGAGUCGGUAUCCCAUCCAUAAAGUGGUGUGGCGCUGAGGGGGACUACAACGUGAUGGUGAUGGAGCUGCUCGGUCCCAGUCUGGAAGACCUUUUCAACUUCUGCUCCCGGAAGUUCAGCUUAAAGACAGUGCUGCUUUUGGCUGACCAGAUGAUCAGCCGCAUCGAGUACAUCCACUCCAAGAACUUCAUCCAUCGGGAUGUAAAGCCUGACAACUUCCUGAUGGGACUCGGUAAAAAGGGUAACCUGGUCUACAUCAUCGACUUCGGCCUCGCCAAAAAGUACCGAGACGCCCGCACACACCAGCACAUCCCCUACAGGGAGAACAAGAACCUGACGGGCACGGCACGAUACGCCUCCAUCAACACGCAUCUGGGGAUCGAGCAGUCCAGACGUGACGACCUGGAGUCCCUAGGUUAUGUCCUCAUGUACUUCAACCUGGGCUCCCUCCCCUGGCAGGGCCUCAAAGCUGCAACCAAGAGACAGAAGUAUGAACGCAUCAGUGAGAAGAAAAUGUCCACACCGAUUGAGGUCCUGUGCAAAGGAUAUCCCUCUGAGUUCUCAACGUACCUGAAUUUCUGCCGUUCACUCCGUUUUGAUGACAAACCAGACUACUCGUACCUACGACAGCUAUUCAGGAAUCUUUUCCACCGUCAGGGCUUCUCCUACGACUACGUCUUUGACUGGAACAUGCUCAAAUUUGGUGCCAGCCGAACAGCUGAGGAUGGCGAUCGGGAGAGAAGAACAGGAGAAGACCGAGACGAGCGGAUUGGAGGAGCCCCCAGAGGGUCUGCAUCGCGGGGUCUGCCUCCAGGUCCAAACCCCAGUGCUGCCAACAGAGUUAGAAACGGGCCGGAGCAGGCGAUCUCCAACCCGGCCUCACGGGUCCAACAGUCUGGUAACACGUCCCCUCGUGCAAUUUCUCGUGCAGAGAGAGAGAGGAAAGUGAGCAUGCGUCUCCACCGAGGGGCUCCUGCUAACGUGUCAUCCUCUGACCUUACAGCACGCCACGACCAAUCAAGAAUUUCCACGUCACAGGUCAGCGUGCCGUUUGAGCACAUGGGGAAAUAAAACGUUUUGGCUCUGCAUGCACAUUAAACUGACAGGGCUGCAAAUUCUGUUUGUUUCCUCAUUUUCCUUUAUUUUUACCUCGUCUUAUGAAAAGAUGAUUGCCAAUGGACUCGUGGAUCUUUGAUAAGGACCGUACUUCUUUAGAAGAUCCGGAGAAGUACUCUAAAGUAUCCAACCUGCACUCUUUUUAUAAACCCUCUUUGCUGAGCUGUGGGCCUCUACCACCUCAAAAUUAAAACUAACUACAGCCUCGUCAUUUUUACUCCAUGCUUGUUCAGGCCUGCUCCACUCCUCAAAACAUUCCCUCAGUACCUUUAAUGUGAAGAGCUGUUUGCAUUAGAGAGGCAUCAAGGAAGCAGCGUAACUCAAGCUCAACUUCAUGACUAACAGGGGAAAAAUUUUACACAGCAAAAAAGUUUACAGGCAACUUCACCUCUUUCAAGAAAAUAUCAAGAAAUUGGAGCUUGUUGUGCAUUUCUUUUUUUUUUUUUGGAGUGAUAACAGCAGAAAGAAGAAGAAAUAAGGAGAGGUUAAGAGCGUUAUGGACAUAAAGUACGGCGACUUUAAAAUGGAUAAGUAAGUGGUGUUUUAGCUGUUGCAAAGAAAUGUUUCAGGUGAAGUAGCAAAUGGCGUUGCUUGCACUUCAUGUUUUUUUUAGUUUGCAUCCCUUGAAACUCCUCACCAAGAUCUGCAGCACCUGUCCUUCCUCCUGCUCCAACUUUCUCUGGUUUUAAUGUGAGUGGUAAGGUGAAGAAUGACCAUAGAUAUUGCAAAGACGCGCUCCUACAGCCUGAAGGAAGCUCCUCAGGACUCGGCGUAUGUGACUAGAGACCAUAGCCGCCCGUUUUGGCUAAUGAAAGGCGGCUGCAAUUUUUAUGAUAGUUCUUAAUGUUACCUUUUUUAUUCUUUUGUUAUUGGCGGUCAUAUGGGAGUGGGCAGGCGUUUUUAGGGGGUUGGGACAUCCAAUUAUUAUAUUAUUUUUUAAGUGUUUACUUCACUGUAAAUAUUUUUUAUUUUGAUGUAAAUCCAAACCGUGAUCCUUUGUUUUUAGGUGUAAAGCAGAAAAAAUCAUACUAAUAACAGAUAAGCGGGGCUGGAAGCAGAAUAAUGAGUAUUUAAAGUAAAGCGGGGUACUGUUACUCUGCCAGCUGGGUCAUCUCACAUUUCAAGUGUUUGUGUGAGCGAGUGAGAGAGAUGAACGUCCCUGCCACGUGUUCUACAUUCAUGUUGUCUUUGUAAACAGAUUGUUUCGUUACAGUUCUCUAUUUAUUAUCUUUUUUUAUUUGUUUUUUAAUCUUGUUUCAUUUUAUCUGCCUGUAAUGUUGAAGUAUCUCAUUUGUUCAGGUAUUAUUUUUUACCUCUUCCUUUCUGUCUGUCCAUCUCACCUCUCACAGGGCUUUUAAUGUUCCUUCUGCAAAAAUGAUAUGCCAACGAUAAUUUGAUGUCACUUUAAACUCCAGCAACUUUGAUAAUGUCAUUGAAAUAAAAGAAACUGAUGCAAUUGCAGGGAUGUGUAAAUAUCAGUAUAUAUUGUGUGUAUUAUUACCUUUGUACAGGCCAUCAUGACCCAGUGGCAUUGUAACCGUCGCAUUAGUUUGGGAUAGAGAACGUUGGGCUAACUGGGCUUUCACUUUAUGUAUUGUGUGCUGAUAUCUUGUACAGUUCUUUAACACUUUAUUUACAACAGUAUUUGUGUAUAUUUUAUGAAGUAAUAAAAAUUAAUAACGUUGCUCACAA